AUGCAAGGCUUCAACAUGGGACGCUACGUCCCGCCCGACCAUGAAGGCACAACAACAGGCAACCGCCUCGCCCGCAAACACCCCCUCGGCGCCCGCGCCUCCAAACCGGGCAUCCUCGUCGUCCGCUUCGAGAUGCCCUUUGCAAUCUGGUGCUCCACCUGCCCCAAGCCCACCAUCAUCGGGCAAGGCGUCCGCUUCAACGCGGAAAAGAAACGCAUCGGGUCCUACUUUUCGACGGCGGUAUGGCAGUUCCGCAUGAAGCACGCCGACUGCGGCGGCUGGAUCGAGAUCCACACGGACCCCAAGAAUACAGCCUACGUCGUCGUCUCGGGCGCCAAGAAGCGGGAUACAGGCGAAGAAGGGAGGGUGCCAGAGGAAGGGGAGAUGGUCAUCCUCACGGAGGAAGAGCGCGAGAAGCUACGAAGUAAUGCAUUCGCCUCCCUCGAGAAAACGAUUGAAGACCGGCAACACCUCGCGCAGGCGACGGAGCGCAUCGAUGAGUUACAGGACGCUGCCAACAAAGCUUGGGACGACCCGUACACGCGCAACAAGGCCCUCCGCGCGACGUUCCGCGUGGGACGGCACCAGCGCGAGAGGGAGGCUGCCGUGGGCGAAGCCCUCAAAGACAAGAUGAGUUUGGGGAUCGAGCUGGUGCCUGCGACGGAGGAAGAUGCGCGCCGCGCGAGGCUGGUUGAGUUUGGGGGCGUUGGGGACGGGGUUGAUGAGGCGGGGCAGAAGGCUUUUGCGAAGCCGCUUUUUGCGUCCAAGGACGGCAAGUCUACGAAGACGACGACGACGACGACGACGACGGGCAAGGCGGCGCUACUGCCCAAGGGAACACCAAAAGCCGAGAUCCUCGCUUCCAAGAGGAGGGAGACCAUCGUCUCCGAGAUUGUGGGGAACACGCGCAUGGCAAGAGAUCCGUUUCUAAUCGAGACCAAGGGGGCGGCGGAGAGGUCUUCGGCGCCGAGGAUCCCGGGGUUGAAGAGGAAGCGUGAUGAGGCUGGUGGUAGUGGUGUGUCGGAGGAGCGGCGGGACGCAAUGAAGACUGCAGAGCCCGAGCAGAGUUUGCCUCCCUCAAAGUCUCUCGUGGCUUACGAUUCUGAUUCGGAUUGA